GGUCUUCUCGGAGGUCAGAAGACCGUUCGGCCGUGGCUAAUUGGGUCACACUACAGUAUAUAUAUGGGCAGCAAGGCUCUUGGAGGGGACAAGAAGAUACAAAUAUAUUAAAUUCAUGAUUCUCGUCAGAUUUCUCUUCUUUCUAGUCGAAAAUCGACUGUAACAACGCCAAAAGAAAAUGGUCGAAUCAAACUUGCAGCACUUAGUUGCUCCAACCGCGGCCCUACUGUUAGCAAUUAUAGGAUGGGUUUACACAGUAUUUACUAGCCCUAUGGGAAAACUUCCAGGUCCAUUGAUCACGAAGUUCACCGAUAUUCCGCUCAGAUGGUACACGAUCACAGGACAAAGACCGCGUUGGGUCCACCUCCUGCAUGAAAAAUAUGGCCCCAUUGUGCGAGUUAGUCCCUACGAAUCCAGCGUCCAAGAUGUCGCCGCCACGCAGCAAAUGUACCGAACCAAGGGCGAAUUUCUCAAAAGCAACUUCUAUGAUCAUAUAGGUGUCGGUGUAGUCAGUGUGUUUACUACGCGCAGUGUCGAUAUACAUAGGCGUCAAAGACGCCUCUUGUCAGGAGAAAUAUCAGAGUCCGGUCUUAACAAACACAUACCCGUGGUUGAAAGUAAAAUACGACUAACCAUUGAGCGCAUGAGAGAGGAGAUGCAGCAACGUCAUACUACUGACAUUUUUCACUGGUUCCUCUCCAUGGCCACAGAUGUGAUUGGCGAACUGAGCUUCGGCGAGUCGUUCAGGAUGCUGGAAUCGGGAGAAGAAACUCAGUACAUGCGCGACCUAAAGGCUGUAGCAAAAAGCUCGGGCGUGAGGGCAGCGUUUCCUUUCCUUUAUAGGCUGAGCCAUUACAUCAAGCUGCCCCUGUUCAACGCCGCAGUGCAAGGCCGCCAGCGCACCACUCAAUACGCCGAUGAAUCACUGCAGCGUCAUCAUAAAGUCGUUGAAGAACAAGGCGGAGAAGCAAAACCUACGCUAUUCUCAAAACUAUACAACAAUACAAGUGUUGGUGAACUGACAUCGAAGGAGCUUCGUGAUAAUGCGAUGUCCUAUAUUAUCGCCGGCUCGGACACCACUGCCAACACACUCACGUAUCUUGUCUGGAUGGUCUGUAGGCACUCUCAGAUCAAGAACGAGCUUCUUCGAGAGCUUCGAACCGUUCCGGAAGGCUUCGAAUAUAGCGACAUAAAAAGCCUUCCCUAUUUGAACCGUAUUAUCGAAGAGAGUUUGCGCCUUUACCCUGCCGCACCAUCAGGUCUUCCCAGAGUAGUCCCAGCCGGCGGCGUACAAUUUAGUGGGCACUACCUCCCUGCAGGCUCUACGGUAGCUGCACAGGCCUGGAGUAUGCACCGACUUCCGAAUAUCUUUCCGGAGCCGUUGAAGUUCGACCCAUCACGCUGGGAAAGCCCGACCAAAGCCAUGAAGGAUGCUUUUGUACCAUUUGGUGGUGGUAGUCGAGUUUGUUUGGGAUUACAUCUGGCCCGUAUGGAGCUGCGCCUGGCGACUGCUAGGUUCUUUACUGCCUUCCCAAAUGCCAGAAUCUCAUCACUGGAAGGCUUCAAAGACGAGGAUAUGGAGCCUGAGAUGUACUUUCUGCUGACUCCAAAAACACACAGAUGUCUGCUAGAAGUCUCUUGAGAUGAUUGUCAACUAUGUAACACUGAAGGUCGAUUGACAAGACCCGGGUAUUAAAUAUGUUUUAGAGCUCGUUCAGCCACAGCUAAAAUACCAUGAAC